AUGGGAAUUUGCAACGACGGUGACAGUAAUAGGCUUGACCCAGUUAACGAAGAGAUUUUAAAAGAAGUGGCAGGAGAUCCUUUCUCAGAUAGACUGGGAUCCAUUAAGGAUUCCAUGUCGUCCAUCUGGAGGGAUUCUUCAUCCUUGUGGAGUUCAGCCAUAGAUGAUCCAUCCAAUUUGUUACGUCAAAUAUCUGGUACUAAAGGUGAUGAUACUGACAGGGACUACUGGGAAGACGUCUUGUCGGACACCAUGGGCUCACUGUUGGGUGUAAUGGGAUUGCCAGGUGGAUUCAGCAACCCAAGAAAGAUGAAGGGUUACUUGGAUGGACCAUUCACAUCAGAGGAAAUUAUCAGACAAGGGAUUACAGGUUUUUACAACCAAAGAACACCAACGGACGGACAAUUUAGUCAAUGUAAGGAAUUAGGUGGUCUUUCAGUUUGGAAUGCCAGAGGUUGGUGGAGAUGUCUUUUCCCAGAAAAAGUUGUUGAGGAAAGAUCAGAAGGUGAACUUGAUUUAGAAAGGGUUAUAACAAGAGAAAAAGUGGAAGCAGAUUCUAAGCACAGAUUAGGGCUUUUCUUCCCCGAUUUUACUGGAUACUUGUCAUGGAAGGCACACAUGAACCGUUUGAUUAAGGAAAAGAGAGAAAAGGCCCAGAAGCAACAAGCGGUAUUGGAAAAAGAAUCACAAGCUUCUCGUUUGAGUACACCUGAAGACCUUAUGUUUGAUACUUCACCUACAUUGGGCGGUCAAGAUGAAAGGAACGUGAUUAGCAGGUAUCAAAACGUCAUGUACAAAACUACACCUGAAGGUAGAGAGCAGAUUAACGAACGCAAGACUUACUACGAUAACGGGACCGUUUUGUUGAAAACUGAGAAGAAAUUGACACCAUCCGAUGGUUCUAAACCAAAGGUUGAAACCUCUGAAAGAUUGAUCCCUGUUAACGAGGACAGAGACUGA